UAUCAACAGAAACUGCUUGCUAAAAUGGUAAGAAUCUAUGAGAAACGAAUUGACUGGCUAUCUGUUGCUAGCAGAAGAAUAUGGGGAAGUGUUUGUGAAAGGAGGGUGGUUAUACUUGUUGAUAUAUCAGUGACAAACUCCAUGUACAUCAUCCAUAUCCAACAUUCUUUGCGGCUUUUACUUGAGGAACAAAUGUCAAAUAAGGAUUACUUCAAUAUUAUAGCAUUUGGGAGUGAUGUUGUGCCUUGGCAGCUGGAACUGGUUCCUUCCCAACCAGAAAACUUACAAAAUGCUUGGAGGUGGGUGUUGAGCUUGCAGUGCAAAGGGAGUAGAAACUUCAUGAGUGCUCUCAGGAGAGCUGUGGAAACAGACUUCAAAGACAAAGAUAAACAUAAAUCACAAGGACUUUACCUGCUGACUACUGGAAUACCUGAUCAGGAAACACACACAAUCAGUGCUUAUGUGUCUGAGGUUUGCAGAGGUUUUGAUUUGCAGCUUCAUGUCUGUCUGUUUAGUGUAAUGGAGGAUGUUGACUCCAGUGGGAUUAUUCCAGCCCGCUAUGCUAAUCCAACUGAAACUGCCAUUGCUUUUAAAGAAAUAGUACAAGCAGCCAAUGGGAGAUUUCAUUGGUUUGGAGAAGCAGGUAUUUUUGAAAGUGAUGAUAUCACUGUUAUUGUGUCUGAAAUGGAAAAAGCAAACAACUACUCCCAAAAGUGUGCAUUCCUAGUGGAAUCCUUGAAGCAACGUUCAGUAAAUCAGUCUGUUAAUCCAUUUAUACCAGAAAGAGACCCAAACGUGCUUAUGAAGAAAGAGAAAAGAAGGCCACAGAAGUUGUCAUCUCCUAAACCCACAGCUCUGAGUCUGGCUAGAAUGUAUGUUAAAGACAACCAUGGUGCAGAGAGAAAUGCUUCCAUAAGAGUACUGGCAUGGCGUCCUACUAGUGCCAAAGCAGAAAUUCCACCAGCACAAACAAUAAAAGAAUGGCCUCAGACUGAGAAUAAAAGAAAGCAUAAACCAAGGAAGCAGCCAGAGGUUUCUGUGUCAGUAUUUUAUACUGAUAAAGGAAGAAAUGUGGGUACAGUGUACCAAAACUAUCCAAAGAUGAUGUGUGUAAGAAAGUCUGUUCCCUCUGUUACAUUGCCAAAAAAAGAGGAAAUCUGUUCAAGCAAAGAGUGGCUGACCAAGUACAGUAUUAAAAAGCUUAAACUGGAAUUGCCCAGGCUGAUGUUUGGUCCAGGCUGCACUCACCAAAAGAAAACUGUGGAGUCUCUGCACAAGAAAGUAUCAGCAAAAUACUGUACUAUCUUCCCUAGUGUAGAAAUCAAUGGGGUUGUGAAACAUCUGCAGUUUCAAUCUAAAGAACUGGAAUUCUAUACUGAACAACUGGAGAAAGUGUUGCAGCGCUAUAUACAAAGAAUACAGUGGCUUCUGUCAGGAAGCAGGAGAUUAUUUGGUACCAUUUUAGAAGCAAAUGUCUGUGUUUUGAUUGAUACAUCUGGUUCCAUGGACCCAUAUUUGCCACAUAUCACAAAAGAACUUACCUCUCUCGUCUGGGAACAGCUGAGAAAAAAUGAAGUCAGGUAUGAUGAACUACUGGUAAAGACUGAAAACUGCACUACUUAUUAUUAU